AUGCUCGACGACAAUCGGCCGACGUCGCCGGCGCCCAAACGACCCGCAGCCGCUUCCAACGGCAACAUCACCACCAAGUCGACAGCGUUGGCCACGGACAUCAAUGCCAGCAAUGUCCCUCCCGGGCAGGCCAUCCGCCGUGCCAAGACCAUGGACGACGGCCCGUCGUUGCGACAAAAGUCUCAUAACGGUCGAUCCGAGGCGUCCUUUGACGGCAUGUCCCCAGGCCUACCCCGUCGGAGCUCCAACUUCUCCGACUACAGCCUCGGCGAGGCUCGCGAUAUACUCAACCCCAGAGCCCAAACCAGUCAAGAACUGUCGAGUCCAGAAUCGUCAUCGCUGGCGCCGCUAUCGCUGGCCUUUGCUUUGGUGCCAGCCAUCGCGGGGGCCUUGUUUAAAAAUGGCCACUCCGUCAUCACAGACGUCAUGUUGUUGGGCUUGUCGGGUGUGUUCCUUCACUGGUCCGUGACGCAGCCAUGGGCCUGGUAUCAUGCAGCGCAACAAGUUCGCAUACACCAAGAGGCACCUACCAAAACCGCCGUGGAGGCAGAUGACGACGAUCGUCAUCGCGCUUCUGCCGACGCCACUAGUAAGACUACCAAUCUGGACAUUGUCCCUGAAGAAGAGGAAACACCAAAGCAAAACGGCCCGACGACGGCAGCACAAAGUAAAAGGGGAAAAGACGGCGGCACAACCCCGCAACAGCAAGCAGCUCUUCGAGAACUAUACAUGCACGAGCUGCUGGCCCUCUUUUCGUGCUUUCUCUUCCCCCCUCUGAGCGCAUAUUUACUCCACUACAUCAGGGCACAACUCAGCCGACCAUCCGAAGGACUCGUCUCAAACUAUAACCUCACCAUCUUCCUCCUUAUUUCUGAGCUGCGGGCCUUUUCGCAUGCGCUCAAGCUCGUACAGUCGAGAACUCUUCACCUGCAAAGAAUCGUUCACGGGAACCCUUUUCCCUCGCCUACCCAGACAGGCGCACAGAUCCAAGACAUGAUUGAGCGACUCAGCAGACUGGAGGCGCGAUCCCUGGCCGACGAAUUUGUUCGACAGCAGAGCGGCGGACUCGACCCCGUGCAGGCAGAAGAAAAGGCCAGUAUGGUCCGGGAUGUGCGCAACGCCAUCCAACCGGAACUCGACGCGCUCAACCGAGCAGUCCGUAGAUAUGAAAAGAAGGCAACCAUGCUUCAGUACCAGACGGAUUCUCGAUUCCAGGCGCUCGAUUCACGAAUGGACGAUGCAAUUGCCCUUGCCGCAGUGGCAGCCAAGAACAGCAGCUCCAAGAGUGUCCUGGCCCGAACAGUCGAUUGGCUUGUUGCCAUCGUCCUGUUCCCCUUUAACGCCAUUCUCCAAGUCAUCACACUACCACUCCGCGCUCUCAUCGCUCUAAUUAAUCUUAACAAAAAGGCUCCCACUGCCGGGAAACCAGGCCGCACGCCGAGGAGCGCCAAACAGUUGCCACCCAGAUAUAACGGGGACAGAGUACCGCCUCGUGUUAUGAAGAGAUGA